AUGUGGCUGCGGCCCGGCGCCCCAGGCACCCCUUGGCAGCCGAGGGACAAGAGGCAGAAAAGAGGCUUUGUGCCUGGGGAGGGGGAGGCCCGGGAAGGCAUCCAAGAGGCCGCCCCCAGCCCCAGGAAUGCGGGGCCUGGCUGCGCGUGGCACCGAGCGUCCUCUCCGUGGGUCUGUUUCAGGAACUGGUGCUCGUACGUGGUGACCCGCACCAUCUCAUGCCACGUGCAGAACGGCACGUACCUUCAGCGAGUGCUGCAGAACUGCCCCUGGCCCAUGAGCUGCCCGGGCAACAGCUACAGAACCGUGGUGAGACCCACAUACAAGGUGAUGUACAAGACAGUGACCGCCCGGGAGUGGAGGUGCUGCCCCGGGCACUCGGGGCCCAGCUGCGAGGACGUUGCAGGCUCCUCUGGCUUCGUGGAGCCCAGGUGGUCAGGCAGCGCCAUGCGGCGGAUGAUGCUCCGGCCCACAGCCUUCUCAGGUUGUGUCAACUGCAGCAAGGUGUCGGACCUGGCAGAGCGGCUAAAGGUGCUGGAGGCCAAGGUGGCUGUGCUGACUGUCACCCAGCAGGAGGUGCCCCCAACCCCAGCUGCCCCCGAGGACCCCGCCCCUCUCUGGGGCUCCCCAGCUGCCCAGGGCAGCCCUGGAGAUGGAGACCUCCGAGGGCUGCCCGGAGUCAGAGAAACCCCGAGGGCCCCGCUGCUCCCUCGAGAUGACCGAGUUGGUGCCCGGGGACUUCCUGGGCCCAUUGGCCCCAAGGGAGACAUUGGCAGCCGGGGCCCAACAGGAAUGAGAGGCCCCCCAGGUCCACAGGGUCCCCCAGGGAACCCUGGCCAGGACGGAGCUGUGGGCAUCCCUGGAGAAAGGGGACCACCAGGCCCCCCAGGGCCCCCUGGGCCCCCCGGACCUCCAGCCCCCGUUGGACCGCCCCACGCCCGGAUCUCUGAGCAUGGGGACCCAUUUCUGUCCAACACCUUCACUGAGACCAGCAGCCACUGGCCCCAGGGACCGGCUGGGCCCCCUGGGCCCCCAGGGCCUGCGGGUCCCCCUGGACCUCCUGGUCCCAUGGGCAUCCCUGGGAGUCCUGGCCAUACAGGACCCCCAGGCCCCACUGGACCCCAAGGAAUCUCUGGCCACCCAGGAGAAAAGGGUGAGAGAGGACUGCGUGGAGAGCCAGGCCCCCAAGGUUCCAUGGGACAGCGGGGAGAACCUGGCCUCAAAGGAGACCCCGGUGAGAAGAGCCAUUGGGCUCCUAGCUUACAGAGCUUCCUGCAGCAGCAGGCUCAGCUGGAGCUCCUGGCCAGACGGGUCACCCUGCUGGAAGCCAUCAUCUGGCCAGAACCAGAGGGGUCAGGGGCAGGCCCUGCCGGCGUGGGCACCCCCAACCUCCUUCGGGGCAAGAGGGGAGGACACACCGCCAGCUACCGGAUCGUGGCCCCCAGGAGCCGCAACAGGAGAGGCUGAGGGCGGUGGCCCCUCGGGUGGACCAGGCCAGCCGCCUCUGGGGACCGCCCAUCCAUAUUUAUUAACGUCCUCAGGGUCCCUCUGACAC